AGAAAUUGCCGGUAUCUCAGUUUUUAUAAUCAAGUGAACUCUGAUAUAAAAGCAGUCCAUUUAAACUGGUUUUCGUCACAGUGAAAGUCAGUUUAUUUUCUCCGUGAUUACAAAAAAGAAUUUUAUUAAAACAGUUUAUUUAAAUUUAAUAAAUUUACCCUACAAUGUCGAGGUUAUUCACAAGAAAAGUUUUCCGAAUGCAAGGCGAUUUAAAAACAUGCAUGCAGCAUGGCUAUGUACCUUCUAGAAGAUUAAAUUUACUGGAAUAUCAAAGCAAAGAACUGCUUAAGGAUUGUGGGGUUUCAGUGCAAAACUUUACGAUAGUUGAUAAAAUAAACAAAACAAAUUCUGCCUUGGAAAACUUACAUUCAGGCGAAUAUGUUAUUAAGGCUCAAGUUUUGGCUGGUGGUCGUGGAAAAGGAUGGUUUGACAAUGGAUUUAAAGGUGGUGUUCACGUUACGAAAGAUCGUAAAAUUGUAGAAGAAACUGUAAAAAAUAUGUUAGGUCAUCGCUUGAUAACGAAGCAAACAUCGAAGGAUGGGAUUUUAGUUCAAAAAGUAAUGAUAGCAGAAUCGGUGAAUAUUGCUCGGGAGACGUACGUCUGUAUUUUGAUGGAUCGUCAGUAUAAUGGACCUGUUCUGAUGGCAUCUCCAGCAGGGGGCAUGGACAUAGAGGCCGUUGCCGAGAAAACACCAGAAUUAAUAAAAACCAAAGCACUUGAUAUUUAUUAUGGCAUUGACGAUGAAAUAGCAAAAGAGUUUGCUGAAUUUCUUGGCUUUAAAGAGAGCGAAAUCCUGGAGAAGGCAAUUUUUGAACUGAAAAACUUGUGGCGAUUAUUUGUUGACAUAGACGCUCUUCAAGUUGAAAUAAAUCCUUUGGUGGAAACCACUGAUAAGCAAGUUGUUGCAGUCGAUGCUAAAAUAUCCUUCGAUGAUAAUGCUGAAUUUAGACAGAAGGAUAUUUUUGCACUGGAAGAUGAUAGCGAAAAAGAUCCAAGAGAGGCCGAUGCAACGAAAUAUAAUUUGAACUACGUCUCUAUGAAUGGAAAUAUUGGAUGCUUAGUGAAUGGCGCCGGUUUGGCUAUGGCUACAAUGGACAUAAUUAAAUUAAAUGGUGGUGAACCUGCAAAUUUUUUGGACGUUGGAGGUGGUGUAAAAGAAGAACAAGUUUAUCAAGCAUUCAGAAUUCUCACAGAAGAUCCCAAAGUAAAAGCCAUUCUUGUAAACGUUUUUGGAGGAAUUGUUAACUGUGCGACGAUAGCCAAAGGAAUUAUUUCAGCAUCCCGUAAUUUGGGUCUAAAAUUGCCACUGGUUGUGAGAUUAGAAGGUACAAAUGUAACAGAGGCUAAAAAGAUUUUGUCUGAGUCUGGUUUGCCAAUAUUAACUGCAAAUGAUUUGGAUGAAGCUGCGAAAAAGGCAGUACAUUCUAUUAAACAGUGACUUUUUUCUGUUAUACAUUAUUUUUCCAAAGAAAUUGUUUUUAAAUAACCUGGAGAUUUGAUCAUGCCAAGUUGAUGUAAUAUUAUUACAUUGUGUUAAAUUAUGUCAUAUUCACUCUCACUUGAUAAAAUUUUCUAAUUUUUGUUACUCAUUUAAAGUUUUUUUAGUUCUAUAUAUUUUUCCUUACAUACGAUAGGGCUUAAUAUAUAAAUUACUUUAAUUUAAAAAAACAGUUUAAUAAUCAAAAAUAUUCAAUUUAGUAACGUAUUUCAUUAUUUUGAAAAUUAGAGAUUACAAUCAUGACAAGGAAAUUAAAGAAUAAUAUUAAAAGUGGACCAAGUAUGGAUUAAUACGUGUAAAAAAUUGUAUUUAAGAAUCAAAAUUCUGAAAAUCUUUUUUACAGUUUUCUAUUUUAAAUUCUAUAAAUUUAAGGUACAUGCCCUAGUGGCCGACUCUUUACAAUAUUAUUGUUUAUUAAUUGACAAAAUUAUAUUUUAUAUUAUAUUCAUUAAGAAAUCAAUAGAAAUAUCAAUUUAUAAAUGCACUGUUUAUCAUAACACACCAAUACAUAUUUAUAUUUUUAAGAUAAAAUAAUUCUGACGUUAUGUAAUAUGAAAGUCAAAGAUUAGAUAUUUUAAUGAGAGCAAAAGUUAUAUACGUGAUAUAGAGUAUCAACUUUAUAAUUUUUUAAAUAAAAUUUUUAAAACAUCUAUAGACA